GUAAUGUUGCCUCGACCUCUUUAUUUUCACCACGAUGCCAAUUGUCAAUUCCCAACUACGAUAAUUUUGGUCUAUGCGCUGCACUGACAGCCACGUUUCUCCAUUCUGCUAGUUGUUUAGCAACAGUUUGUGAUACUUUCUUUAUCUGCCCGGCUUUAAAGUGAGCACACAUACAGAACAUAAGACACUAGAGAAAUGGCUUCAGGUACUCUAUACACGUAUCAAAACAAUUUCCGAGCUUAUAAGGCACUGAUUGCAGCUCAAUACAGUGGUGCAGAUUUGAAGGUAGAUUCUUCAUUUGAAUUUGGCGUCACUAACAAACAAAAUGAUUUUUUGAAGAAGUUCCCUUUGGGAAAAGUUCCUGCUUUUGAAUCUAGUAAAAAAGAGUAUCUAACAGAGAGCAAUGCCAUUGCUUAUUUUGUAUCUAGUGAACUGUUCAAAGGUUCAACUCCUUAUGAAAAAGCUCUUGUUCAGCAAUGGAUUAGCUAUGCUGAUAAUGAAAUAACUCCAGCUUCUCAUUCUUGGGUAUAUCCAUCUCUUAGUGUUGCUCAAUUUAACAAAGUGACAGUUGAAAGGGCCAUAGAAGACGUUAAAGGUAUCCUUACAUACUUGGAUAAGUACUUACUCACAAAAACUUACUUGGUUGGUGAAAGAAUUUCACUUGCAGAUAUUACUGUGGCAUGUUCAUUGUUUCAACUUUAUCAACAUGUUAUGAAUCCAGAAUUCAGGAAAUCAUACAUUAAUGUAAAUAGAUGGUUUGAUACUAUUGUUAAUCAACCUAAAGUAGUUAAAGUUAUUGGGAAGUUUGAAUAUUGUCUUAAAAGUGCAGAAUUUAAUCAAAAGAUCUAUUCUGAACUCCAAAGUGUAUCUGGAGAUAAGAAACAGCAAAAAAAAGAAAAGGUUCCCAAAAAAGCUCAAGAAGUCAAAAAAGCUGCUCCAAAAGAAGAAACAACUCCAGCUGAAGAACCUGAUGCUGCUGAUCUUAUUUUGGCAGCUGAACCUAAAUCUAAAGAUCCUUUUGAUUCCCUACCCAAAGGAUCAUUUAAUAUGGAUGAAUUUAAAAGAGUAUACAGUAACGAAGAAGAAUCAAAAUCAAUUGCUUAUUUUUGGGAUCACUUUGACAAAGAAAAUUAUUCUAUAUGGUUUGGUGAAUACAAAUACAACAAUGAAUUGCAGAAAGUUUUCAUGAGUUGUAAUCUCAUUUCAGGCAUGUUUCAAAGAUUAGACAAAAUGAGAAAAAACGCAUUUGCAUCAGUUUGUCUUUUUGGCACUGAAGGAAAUAGUACUAUUUCUGGAGUCUGGGUUUGGAAAGGUCAUGAUCUUGCUUUUGAGUUAAGUAAUGACUGGAAAGUUGACUAUGAUGUUUAUACAUGGAAAAAACUGGAUGCUAAUAUUGAAGAAACAAAGAAACUUGUAAGUGAGUACUUUGCCUGGACCGCCAAAGAUAAUGAUGGUAGACCUUUCAAUCAGGGAAAAAUAUUCAAAUGAAUGUUGUAAUACAUAUAUUUAUUAAUAUUGUCUGAUUAAAAAAUAAUAAACACAUAAUAUAUUAAUAUAUUUAAAUUUUA